UGUGUGUGUGUGUGUGUGAGCGAGACAGAGAGAGAGAGAGAGAGAGAGAGAGAACUAACACAACAAACCCCUGGGAUGCAGCUCAUAACAUUCCUUCACUUCUUGCAGUGGGGCGGUGUUUGAUUUGGACGGUAAAGCCUCGAUUCAUUUGAAAAGUCAACUCAUUUACAUGCACAAAGCAAGGAAACAUGAGUACAGGAAAGCCAAGUGGUCUUAAGCCACCUACUAAGAUCAGUAAACCUAGCUCUUUACCAACCAAGACCUCCCCACCUUCAGCCACUGCAAAAACUUCAACUUCUCCAGGUCCUGGGGCUGCAGGAGUUAAUGACUCAGUGGCAGAGUUUACAGUUGGUGAACGUGUUUGGGUGAAUGGAAACAAGCCAGGAUAUGUUCAGUUUGUUGGUGGAACCCAGUUUGCACCAGGCCAAUGGGCAGGAAUUGUUUUGGACAAGCCUAUAGGAAAGAAUGAUGGCUCAGUCGCUGGAGUGCGCUACUUCCAGUGCGAUGACCUGCGAGGCAUUUUCACCCGGCCUUCCAAACUGUCCCGGACCCCUCUUCCCGAGUGUGAGGCCAAUGGUGCGCCGCCUUGCACCAGCCAGAUGUCAUCUGCUGACAUUCCAACUGCAGCUUCUGAGGAAGCUCAAUCUACCACCGCUGCUAAAACCUCAACAAACCUGGCCACGGCGGCCAGCGGUUCUGUAUCCAACCUGUCUGAGACAGACUCGACCAUGAAGGGAAAACGGGAGCUGAAGCUGGGCGAUCGUGUGCUGAUUGGGGGAACGAAGGCAGGCGUUGUGCGCUUCCUGGGCGAGACUGAAUUUGCUAAAGGGCAUUGGUGUGGCGUGGAGCUUGAUGAGCCGCUUGGCAAGAAUGAUGGAGCCGUGGCUGGUGCCAGGUAUUUCCAGUGUCUGCCAAAGUAUGGUCUGUUUGCUCCAGCACAUAAAGUGACCCGCAUUGGCUUCCCUUCCACCACCAAAUUGAAAAACUCAAGGCGCAGGUCCACUCUGCAGCAUAGCCCCAGCGCCUCCUCAGUCAGCUCACUGAGCUCAGUCACCUCUUCAGUGGGAGGAAAACCGAGUCGUGCAGGCCUUUUGACAGAGACCUCAUCCCGCUAUGCACGGAAGAUCUCGGGGACCACAGCCUUGCUGGAGGCUCUGAAGGAGAAACAGCAGCACAUUGAGCAACUCCUGGCUGAGAGGGACAUAGAGAGAACGGAAGUGGCCAAAGCAACCUGUCAUGCUGGAGAGGUGCAGCAGGAGCUGGCCUUGUUAAGGAAAGGCCAGGAUCAAUAUGUUCUUGAGAUGGAGGCUAAACUUGACCAGUUACGCAGACUUGUCGAGACUGCUGACAGAGAAAAAGUGGAAUUGUUAAAUCAGUUAGAAGAGGAGAAAAGGAAGGUGGAAGAUCUUCAAUUCCGUGUAGAGGAAGCUUACAUUACCAAAGGUGACUUAGAGACGCAGACCAAACUGGAACAUGCCCACAUUAAGGAGCUCGAACAGAGCCUUCUCUUUGAAAAGACCAAAGCUGAUAAACUCCAGAGGGAGUUAGAGGAUACUAGGGUGGCCACAGUGUCUGAAAGGUCACGGAUCAUGGAGCUGGAGAAGGAAGUUUCAGAGUUGCAACUACGCUUACGAGCUCAGCGAGCAGAAGCUGGUUCAGGCUCACCUCCAUUACAGGACAAAAAGGUUAGGGAGCUGAGCAAUGAGCUGGAGGCCAGACACAAAGAGGUGCAUCUCCUUCAACAGAAACUCAGCUCCUCAAAUCAGGAAAACACUUCCCUCCAGCAUCAGCUGGAUGAUUUGAAGAAAAAACUUGAUGCCGAAGCGGAGGAACAUAAAAAAAUUGCACUCUGCAUAAAAGAGAUGCAAAGUAGCACGCAGGCAGAGAAGGAACAUCUGGAGCAGCUGCUCAGUGAAAAAAAGAAGCUAGAGGAGGAGGUGGCCCUCAGGCAGCAGCAGGAUGAUGAGCAAAAGCAGCGUGAGAAGGAUCUGUGGGAGAAACUAGGCAAAGCGAAGCAGGAGCUAAGCAAAGUGCAGGGAAGGAGUGAUGAGCUGGAGCACAAGGUGGCUGAGCUGCAAGUGUUCAAGGAUAAAAUCCAGAAUAUCCAGUCUUCAGAGGUUUUGGAACAAUUAAAACAAAGGAAUCAAGAUUUACAUCAGGAGCUUGAAACUCUGAAGCAGCAGAACUCAAAGUAUCAGGAGGAACUUAGUGUGUGCAAGGAUCAGCUCGGUUCUGAGAACCAGCGCAUUGGAAGCCUGUGCAAAGAAAUCGAGGAGCUGAAGCUGGCAGCUGAUCAGAAGUCAUUGAGGCUUGUGGCACUGCAGGAGGAAAAAGGAAAGUUUUCUCAGAAGCUGGACAGCAGCCAGCAGCUUACUGGAGAGCGUCUGAUACCAGACGACCAGUCAGAGAUUAGGGAGAGGGAAAACUCCAACACUUUAAUAUCCGAAAAGGACAAAGAAUUAGAAGCAUUAAGGAAUGAGAUUGCAGUGUUGCGUGGAGAGAAUGCAAUGGCUAAAACACUGCAGACAGCUGUGGAGUCUCUGGAGCGGGACAAGGUGACGCUACAGAGCAGAGUGCACAGUCUCGAAAUGAAGCUGGAGGGCAAGCAGAAUAAUGACCAGGAGGAGAAUUCCUCUGGUGAUGCAAUUGUAAGCCAGCUAAGAGAAGAAAAAGAGUUUGCUGAGGGACAGAUCAAUUUCCUGAACUCAGUCAUAGUAGAUCUUCAGAGGAAGAAUGAGGAGCUGAAGGUGAAGCUGAAGAAAAUAGCCUUGGCUGAGUUCACUGGGAAUGACGAGAACAAUGGAUCUGGGGAGGUCAAGAAGAAGAAGAAAAUCCUGCCACGUGUCUUCUGUGACAUCUGUGACUGUUUUGACCAGCACGACACAGAAGACUGUCCCACCCAAACACAGUCUCCUGACUCGCCUCCUCACAGCACGCAUCAUGGCAGCCGCGGAGGGGAACGGCCCUACUGCGACAUCUGCGAGGCGUUCGGCCACUGGACAGACUCCUGUAACGAUGACCAAACUUUUUAAUCCUUUGAUGUUCCACGUUCUUCAAAACAGGCAAGGCACAAAAUAUUUCGCCGUGGGUAAGCUCUUAUUUUUGUAUGUCCUUCACAUGAUUUAACUGAAGGCGACGUGAUGCUUUAAUUAAUGUGUCAUUAAUAUCGGUUUGUCUGUACAGUGUAGAUCAUAUUUUUGACAGUGAUCUGACCUCCUUGUGGUAAAUGAAACACUUAUCACAGACACACACAGGCUUUCACACCAAGACGUUUGAGCUGCCCAAUUGUAAAUGAUUGCACUACUCACUUUAAUGCAUUCCUUGUAACAAAAUAAGCACAUCUUUUUAACUGCCAGUUGUCUAAGUUAUUAUUUUAUAUGAACUGUCAAAAAAAGAGGUAAAUACUCAGUCUUAUCAAUGGCUUUUCAAAAUGUUUUUACAUCUUGUGUACUACAUUUUAAUAAAAUACCACUUUGCAUCCAGUUCCAUCACUCUGUAUAGCUAUAAUAUUUCUAUUAGCGACAUGGUUUACAAAUUAACCUGUUCAAUUCCCCAAAACAUUUUUGUCUCUGCAAUUACACAUUAUGCAAAAAGAACUACGUUUUGGGGCAUUUGUGCUUCAUUUCAUUGAGCUCAUCUGUACACUGCAGGCCAAAAGUAUUGAAAACUGAACUAUUAAUUGUCAAUGAAACCAAACCCAUACCAGCAGGAACCUCAUACAAAAACGCCUUGAAUAUUUCCGGUAUUAGAGCUAAAUAAGAAGGAAUUGAUGAUUAUAAUCUUGAAUUUUUAUUUAUAUUUGUAAAAAUCCAAUGUACUGUACUGAUGUGCAGUUAUGCUGCAGACAUGUUUGCAUUUUGGCAUUGUAAAUAUACAUCUGUUUGUCUGUUAUCUCCUUAUUUAUACACCUACUUCCAUACUCGUGGCCUAUAGUGUCAUUCAUUUUACAGUUGUUUGCGAUGCUCAUAGUGUUUCAGCAAAAUAUGUUUAAGUGAUAUUCUAACAUUACAACAGUCUGUAUUUAUUGCACUGUUCAUGGUGUAUACGCACUAAUUCUAUAUAAAAUGAUAAUGAACAAA